AUGCGGCUUGACCUCUCCGCUGGUUUUCUUUUCUGUCCAACUUCCAAAAAAGGUGGUGUCGUUAAUGCUCCCCUUCUCGCCUCUACCGUUCAAGCCAGACUUGUCAAGUACCUUUCAUCUCUCGCCAUCAAUGAUGGUGAAACUGUGCACGGUUUUAGAUCCGGAACCUCCAUCCUUCUUAGACUUCUCGGAGUGUCUAGAGAGGAUGUUGCUAAGCACAUCGGCUGGAAGUCUACUGCGUUGGUUGACUACUAUACUCAAGUGGACAAGGUUAUGUCUGCCGAUACCUCUUCCAAUACCUUGGCUUGUAGUACGGUUGACUUUGGACGUGGCUCUUCGGUAGAACUUCUCGGGAACACUUUCCGUAAACUUAACUCUCUCGCUGGUUUUACGCCGGCCUUUUUA